UCGGAUUUUGCAGACUCUAUCUCUAAGCAAAGAACAAACUUCUCUCUCUAAAAGACAACUCUCUCAACUUCAUUCUUCCUUCCCUUUAUUCCUAAAUUCUCGGCUGAUUCUCGUUUCUUAUUCUCCUCGACCCAUUCUCGUGAAUCUCACUCCUACACCCAGUUAGGUGCAAACAAUUGGCGCCCACCGUGGAGCCGAGUAGAGAAGCAGCAGAAAUCCAACCAAUGGCAGAGCACAACUCCAACUUGCCCGACGAGGCAACACCCAUCAAGGCGAUGACAACCCCAAGGGCAUUCGCGGAAGCCAGUAACCUUAACGCGGUGCUCAUUGAAGAAGAAGAGCCUGAACUGACAGCCAAGGAAAUGAGGCAGCUAAUGGCGAAGCAAAACAACGUCAUAGCCGACAUUCAAAAACAAAUGAGCCAAGUCAUAACGCUCAUGAUGAGCAGAGAAGCCGCGACAGCGACGGAUGUGGCGCCUAUUGCGCCGCAACAAACGCUGGGAGAGGCGUCAGGCACUGCCUCGCUACCACAACAAGCGCCGGCUGAGUUGCCCGCAAUUGAAGCGCAACGAGUCGAACCACCAGGAAGGGCGGACCUUAGCUUCUUGGAGCAGCAUUUAUCCCCACAAUACAUGGAGCGUGUCAAACAACGGGAAAAUACCUUCGAGGCGGUGACAUACGUGCAAAUACCCAGGGAAGAAAACAUGCACGCCGAUGCGCUAUCCAAGCUAGCAACGGCCACCGACUUCGAAUCAACGCGCCUGGUGUCGAUGCAGAAAGAGGAAGAAGAAACCUGCCAAGAAGCCAUGGUCAACACCACUCAGACAACACAAGAUUAGGACUGGAGAACCCCGAUCAUAAGGUACUUACAAGACGGCGCGGUGCCAGAAGAUGCCAAAGAGGCAAGGACCUUAAGACAAAAAGCGGCCCGAUGCACACUGAUUGGUGUGGAGUUGUACCGCCGGUCAUACUCCGGGGUAUACCUAAAAUGCAUUGGGGAAGAAGAGGCGCGCACCAUGGUUCGUGACCUGCAUGAAGGACUAUGCGCGAUGCACGCCGGUGCGCGUAGUAUGGAACGCACGAUACUAUUGCAUGGAUACUAUUGGCCGCGAGUGAAAAAGGACACAAAGAAGUACGUUGACCAAUGCCAUAAAUGUCAAUUACACGC